GUAACCCAUUUACCAACCUUCUCUCUCUUUCUUUCUCCACAAAACCAGAGAAUUCGCCUCCAUCUUGCUUCCAAAUUCUCUGUGUUGUAGCCUCUUUCUCUCCAUCUUCUGAUAUUAUAUCACUUGGAGAGAGAGGGGAGGGGGGAGGGGGAGAGAGUUUGGAAGAGAGAAACAAACAGCAGAAGCCAAGAAUGCCGGCGUUGGCCGCCGGAAUUCUGGCGGUGGCGUUGGUCACCAUGUUCUUGCCUCCGCCUGCGGUGGCUUCUGGGUUUCCGGCGACGCUGACCCUUGAGAGGGCUUUUCCGUUGAACCAGCGGGUUGAAUUGGAUGAGCUCAAAGCUCGGGACAGGGUCCGGCAUGGCAGGUUUUUGCAGUCUUCAGUGGGUGUCGUGGAUUUUCCGGUUGAGGGCACCUACGAUCCGUAUCGUGUUGGGCUUUAUUUUACAAGAGUGCUUUUGGGUUCUCCUCCAAAAGAAUUCUAUGUUCAGAUUGACACGGGAAGCGAUGUAUUGUGGGUCAGUUGCGGUUCUUGCAACGGCUGCCCACAAUCCAGUGGACUCCAUAUUCCGCUUAAUUUCUUUGAUCCUGGGAGUUCAUCAACAGCUUCACUGAUAUCAUGUUCAGACCAAAGAUGCAGUCUAGGAGUACAGUCUUCAGAUGCUGGCUGUUCAAGUCAGGGCAAUCAGUGCAUUUACACGUUUCAGUACGGGGAUGGCAGUGGGACAUCAGGCUAUUAUGUAUCAGAUUUGUUGAAUUUUGAUGCGAUUGUUGGAUCAUCUGUGACUAAUUCUUCAGCUUCAAUUGUCUUUGGGUGUAGCAUCUCACAGACUGGGGACUUGACAAAGUCAGACCGGGCAGUUGAUGGGAUUUUUGGGUUUGGUCAACAGGAUAUGUCUGUUAUCUCACAAUUGUCUUCACAGGGAAUAACACCAAAAGUGUUUUCACAUUGCUUGAAAGGAGAUGGUGGUGGCGGUGGUAUAUUAGUUCUUGGCGAGAUUGUGGAGGAAGAUAUAGUUUAUAGUCCACUUGUGCCUUCACAGCCCCAUUAUAAUUUGAAUUUGCAGAGCAUCUCUGUCAAUGGGAAAUCGUUAGCCAUUGAUCCAGAGGUGUUUGCAACAUCAACCAACCGAGGAACCAUUGUUGAUUCUGGGACAACUUUGGCAUACCUUGCAGAAGAAGCUUAUGAUCCUUUUGUCAGUGCAAUCACAGAAGCUGUAUCGCAAUCUGUACGCCCUCUUCUCUCCAAAGGAACCCAGUGUUAUCUAAUCACAUCAAGUGUCAAGGGCAUAUUUCCUACAGUCAGUUUGAACUUUGCUGGUGGUGUAUCUAUGAAUCUAAAACCUGAGGACUACCUUCUACAGCAGAAUUCCAUUGGUGAUGCUGCAGUGUGGUGCAUUGGCUUUCAAAAAAUUCAAGGUCAAGGAAUAACAAUUUUAGGAGAUCUUGUUCUAAAAGACAAAAUCUUUGUUUAUGAUUUAGCUGGUCAACGGAUUGGAUGGGCUAACUAUGACUGUUCAAUGUCUGUGAAUGUGUCCACAAGGAGUAGUACUGGAAAAAGCGAAUUUGUCAACGCAGGACAGCUGAGUGAGAGUAGUUCACCAAGGACUGUGUUUUACAACAAGCUAAUACCAGGCAGCAUUAUGGCUUUGCUGGUGCAUCUAUCAUUGUUGUACACUUCCCUGUUUUUAUAACACCUAGCAGGAAAGGCUUGGACUCGCAUUCUUUCUUACACUGUACAUCCUUGCCGGUUUUUAUUUAUCGCAACCGGCAGACCUGUGUGUUAUUAUUUGGACUGCAGCUGGUAGGAGCUGCCCAGUGUGCAAUAGGGUUCAUGGCUUUGUAAAAUUACUCCAACCCCCCAACAAAAAGGAGGAAAAGAAUUGAUAUCACGCAGAUCCAGGUAUAGUUUGAUACAAUAGAGAGAUGAUGUAUGCUGUAUAGGCAUCAUUUGUAUAACACACUGGUAACUGUUAUUUGGUUCAUCAGCAGAGUUAACUUGGUUGGAAGGCCUUUCUUGGUAUAUUUGUAACAAAUUCAAUUACUUAGUUGCUAUAAUAUAUAUUUCUUUUUCUUUCUCUCUC